UGUCUGUGCUGCAGGAUCAGGUGGUGUUGGCCGUCCGUCAGCAGUACGUUCCCAUCAGUGACCAGGUGAUUACUUUGGGAGACGGGGACGAGGUGGCUGUAGUGCCGCCACUCAGCGGAGGAUAAGACUUGAGAGAGACAAGAUGUCGAAAAAGGGUCAAGACGUCCUCUGGUUGACCCAGGAUCGUCUCUCAGUGCAGGAUGUGGUCGACGCUGUCAGCAGCUCUGCCUGUGGAGCCAUUUCAGUAUUUAUAGGUAUGACUCGUGAGGAUGAGGACGGGAGCAGAAAAGUGGUCGGUCUGGAUUACGAGGUGUACGAACCCAUGGCACAGUCAGAGUUCACCAAACUAUGUGCAGACAUCAGAGCUCGCUGGCCAAGCGCCACCCACAUCUGUGUCCAUCACCGGCUUGGGUGGGUGAAGGUAGGCGAAGCAAGUGUUGCCAUAGCGAUCUCAUCUCCUCAUCGUCAUGACAGCCAGCAGGCGGUCCAGCACUGCAUCUCCCAGCUAAAGGCCCACAUUCCCAUCUGGAAGAAGGAAGUUUACGACACACAAGAGUCGAGCUGGAAGGAGAACGCAGAGUGUCCUUGGUCGGCUCAUAAUAAACCACCCACAGAAAAUACCAAUGUAGAAUAAACUGUAGAUAGUUUCAAUAAAACACUAAUGUAACUAUGUUCA